AUGACAGUAGCAUACGAUCUCACACAUCGAGGGUCUUCGACACCACAACCUGGACAGGGUCAGGCGUUAGAGGACCGAUUUGAGGUUUUGAAGGAUAUAGGAGAUGGCAGCUUCGGCAGUGUGGUUCUUGCUCGAGUGCGUGGAGCAGGUGCCAGCGUUGCACGAAGAGGCACUGUGAUUGCCAUCAAGACGAUGAAGAAGAAUUUCGAAUCAUUUCAGCCAUGUUUAGAGCUUCGAGAAGUCGUAUUUCUGAGGACUCUUCCGCCUCAUCAACAUCUCGUCCCGGCGCUGGACAUAUUCCUCGACCCAUUCACAAAGAAACUCCAUAUUGCCAUGGAGUACAUGGAUGGGAACCUUUAUCAGCUGAUGAAGGCUCGAGAACAUAAAUGCUUAGACGUUGGCAGUGUCAAAAGCAUCCUUUUCCAAAUUAUGCAAGGUUUGGAACACAUUCAUGCACAUCAUUUCUUCCAUCGCGACAUCAAACCAGAGAAUAUCCUCGUCUCUACAUCUGCACAACAAGAUUCGGGCAAUUCAUUCCGACGAUACUCAGCAAUGGUCACUCCUCCCUCAACACCACCGGCGUACACUGUUAAGAUUGCCGACUUUGGACUUGCUAGAGAGACCCACUCGAAACUCGCCUACACGACCUAUGUCUCAACUAGAUGGUACCGUGCACCAGAGGUAUUAUUGCGAGCAGGAGAGUACUCAGCACCCGUCGAUAUCUGGGCCAUCGGUGCGAUGGCAGUUGAAAUUGCUACUUUGAAGCCAUUGUUCCCUGGAGGAAACGAAGUCGACCAAGUUUGGAGAGUAUGUGAGAUAAUGGGUAGCCCCGGGCAUUGGUACAACAAAGCCGGAUCCAGAGUCGGUGGUGGAGAUUGGAGGGAAGGUACCCGUCUCGCAGGGAAACUUGGAUUCUCGUUCCCAAAGAUGGCCCCUCAUGCCAUGGAUACGAUCCUUCAAUCACCACAAUGGCCAGCGUCCCUCAGCAAUUUCGUCACGUGGUGUUUGAUGUGGGAUCCGAAGAGUCGACCAACUUCCACACAAGCACUUGCGCACGAGUUUUUCACCGAUGCUGUUGACCCAUUGAGACCAAAGUCAUCGGCUUCGAAGAUGCUUGGCAGAAAACAUUCUGACCUGAGCUACCGUGGCUCGAAGGACUCGACAGAUAUUGCACCCACAUCAUCCUCAAAGUCAUCCUGGUUUAGGAAAUCCUUGAUCGGCCGGUCCGACAGCAUUGCAACGCCGCCACCAGUUGGGAAGGAAAAUGUCGCUCCUCGACCGUCACCAGUGCAUGCUGCUACCGAUGUUCAGGUGACCAAGACACGACCUCAACCUGGAAAGAGGCAAACGUGGAACAAUGGCCCUUCCAAUGUCGCUCCCAUGCCGAUUCUCCCCACGAUCAAGCCUAUCUCACCGUUGUCAGAUGCGGUCACUGCACAAGCUAGCAGCAGAACGCCGUCGUACAGUGAUGCCUACGCGUCCAACGGCCAACGACAAUCCAAUAUGGAUGGUAAGGUAGCGAAGAAGAUUGGUCGACAACUCUCAGUUGCUUCGUCGAACAAUCACUACGCUGAUAUCCACAGACAACAGGCUGAAGCUGCUUUGAAUGGUAACACUGGACUGGCUUCUCCUCCUAGUGGACAAAAGGAGAGCUUCUUCUCACACCUCAGGAAACGCGCGAGAAGAUUUUCAGGACGUCAGUCAACGACUCCGAUGUCGCCAAAGUCGAUGGACAUCGAAGCUCAAGCUGGCUGUGGUCCAUGGGCUAGCAACAGAUCUUCAAUGAUUGUUGAUCCUGCCCAGAUGCCUAGUCCUGUUCAAAAGAUUGAUACAUACGACGCAUUGGACAAAGCGCUGCGGAAUGUGCAGCAGAACCUAGACUCGCCGCAGCAGGGGGCUGCACCUACACCACCAAAUCACAUGAUAAGCCCCAACAGUGUUCUGAAGAGACAUCACUCCCUUCCUCAGCAGCCUAGAUCUGUAGACAAUUUACGGGGUGUUGGAGGGCCGGUAUCGAGCAGGACACGACGGUCUCAAGUACCUGGAGGAGUGCGGCAAUACGAAACUCCUGACGAAGAGGAUGAGCUACUCGACGAGGUCUUGUCAAGUACUCACAAGGCAAUGAAGAAAUUGGAUAGGAACUCGAUUCAGAACGAUGCCAGACAACCUCUACAUCAGUCGACGAGUAAUGUGGCCCUGUCGAAUCCAUACCCAACGCCAUCGCCAUCGGCUAGCGGCAAUGCUGUUCUCUUUGGUCAGGGCAUUCAUCAAGUGACUCCUUCCAAGGCACCGACAAGCUAUAAACAAUCUUCAACGCCACCAUACGACUAUGAGGAAAAUGAAUGGGCUGCUUCAGCAGCAGCUAGCAUUUUUGCAGCCUCGAGUCGAUUUUAA